AUGUAUAGUGUGCUACUACCUAGAAUCCCAGUAGAAUGUAAUCUUCUACUAUUGGGAAAUCUCGUGCUUAUAUACUUUGGCAACGGUCUUCACAUUGUGCAAGCAUUAUCUUCAAGAAUUUUUCUCAUCUCCAGCAUUCACCUGUUUAGAUUUUGCAAUAUUAAAACAAUCUAUUACCUUGCAAUGAUAGAUUCAGGUGCAGAGAGUAACUUCAUACAAACAAAAAUAGUGAAGCAAUUAAAUUCAAAGCUACAAAAAUGUGACAUAGUGGAAAUUAUUACGACAGGAGAUAAUACUUGUAAUGUUAAUUAUAAAGUCUCAGUCACAGCCCAUCUCGCAAAACACUAA